AUGGCGGGCCUCUGCCGGGUCUGCGUUGCCCGCGGCGUCGAGGGGCUUGCCAUGCCAGGUGGCCUCCUCUGCGAAGCCCACCUGCACGCACCUGCUCUGGGGCUAGCUGCGCCGACUAUGGAUACGUCGGCCGUGGAGGAGGACGACGCGAUGAACGCCGCGCAUGCCGAGCACUCUGGCGCCACGCAGGGCAUGGUGGCGCUGCAAAUGGCACCUGCCGUCACGGAGGCACCCUCUGCUUUCGCGGACUUGAUCGGGCAUCAGAUGCUCGCGCAUUUCGAGCUCAUCCAGGCGGCGCACACGAUCAACGACCACACCAUCAUCCCACGCUCCCUGGACACCAAAAUUGAGUUCGACCAGGUCCUGAAGGCGCUCGCAUACGUCCCCGACGCUGCCGAACCCUGGAGCAUUCUGAGACUGGCACUUUUGGAGGGACCUGACAUCUCCUUAAACACCAUCGAGACGCGCCUCCGCUUUGCCAAGCUGCUGGCCUCCGUGAUCGACGGCGCGAGCUGGCCCGAGCAGGACAAAUCCGACGACCGCGCGUCCGUGCAGAAGAUCUCCCGCGCGGCCGACGCCUGCUUCGACUCCUUCGACGCGUGGGUGGUGGGCACCCAACGGUCGAACUUCCUGGACACCACGGGAGGAUCGACGAACCCCCUCUACAGCACCCGAGUGGCGACGGUGGGAAUGGCCCAGCUGCUCGCCGAUCUCGCGGAGAAGGGGGACCCCACCUUCUGUGACACGAUCACGGCCACGGGCAAACCAGUCUCGAUAUGGGCUCCCUGCACAGCGACAGCACUGGGUCGAUUGAUGGCUUCACUGUUGCGGCGGGGCGCCAACGAGGUCCCCUGCGACUGCAUCCGCUUCCUCGCCCCGAUGGAUUUGCACCCAGGUUGCACCGGUGUCGAGUCCAUCUGCGAUUUGUGGAGGCACGAGCUCCUGGGCGACAAGUGGCCAGGCAUGACACGCAACGUCGAAUUCCACCCGCAACUGCUCGAGUUCAUCUCCCCUGGCCCUGCGGGUCCCCCCCACGAACUACUCGGCCUGGCGAUCUUCACGAUAUCCUCUUCGCUGCUCCGCCAGGCGCCUCGCAUUCGUGACCUGGAGGCGCCUAUCUUGUCGACGGCUGUGCUUCCGACAUGCUUCAUGGACUUCCCCUCCGCCGUCGGCCCGGCGGUUAUGCGCGUCUUGCGCGGCGGCCUGGGCGCAUCUGCGGCCGUCGGACGCAUCUACCGCAGCCCGGACCACGCGACGGAGACGCCCCGGGGCCGAGUCGAGGUUCGCAUCGCCAACCGCGCGUCCUCCCUCACCAAGGAGCUGAUGAUGCGCCGCAUCCGAGGGCGUCUCCCGAUCGGCGUUUGCUCCGCCUCCGUGGACCUGUUCACGGACGCGGGCCCCCUCUUAGCCGAAGUGGGCCAUGCGGACGCCAUCAACUCGUUCUGGAACAUGUGUUCGGGGGCGUUUUCCCUCGCCGAGUCCAUUGUGCUCCUCGCCGCGGAGGCCGCCACCGAGACCUGGCAGACCACGAUGGACGCUAUGCUGCGGAACGACACUGACUCCGCGAUCUUCAAGCUCAAGCGUCGCCCCUUCCGCCAAGGAGGUCGGCACUUCGCCGCCCCGUCAGCCCUCCGAGCAAGGCUGGCGGCCACGCGCCGCGCCAAGCAGACAAGGGGAGGUUCGGCGACCCUCCAAGCCAUCGCGGACGUCGAGACAAAAGGGCACCUCCAUGCGGGCGAGCAUGUGCUGGCGCAGUCCCUCAUGCAGCAUCCGAUCGCGCAGGCGGGCCUCCACCUCGCGGAACAGUCCGCCGACGGGGGCCCCAAGAACAGCUCAUGGAAGUGGCUGUCGGCCUCGGACCCCUCUGCGCCACCAGGCCGCGCAAGUCUCUUCUUGAAAGACCCCUCGGAGGCCCAGAGGGUCCACAACGCGCUCCAUGACAAGAGCAUCCGCGUGGGAAUGGGCACUGUCAGAAUUCACGUGCGCAACGAUUUGCAGGACCAG